AUGGGCAGCAAUCUAUGGACUAAGCCUGGUGAGGGCGAACCCGGUAGUACAUACUUGGACGCCGAGUUGGAGAUACUCAAUACAAUUAACUGGGAUCGAUUACUGUCCAUCUCAUCAACCCUUCGGAACGGAGUUCACUGUACAAUCAGUGAGCGUUACUCCAGCGGCCAAUUCAACAUGGUCCGGCGCGUCGACUUCACCGAUGGCGUCAGCUGGGUCGCGAGAAUCCGGAUGCCUUUAGCCGAUUUUAUUCCCGGCGGUCGCGAAUCACUGAGCACCGAAGAAACUAUCAGAAUCGAAAUUGCUAGCAUGAAACUUUUGAAAACCAAAACUUCCAUUCCCGUCCCCGAAGUCCAUUCCUAUAACGCUGAUCCAGCCAACGACUUCGGAGCACCGUACAUUCUGAUGGACUACAUUCACGGCACUGUUGCUCAAGACUUGAGACAAGAACUCAAAUGUGCGCGCGACCUGUAUGGCACACCCGAUCAGGAUCGACGUUUCAGAAAGCAAAUGGCCGAUAUCCAAAUCACCCUAUCCAGCCUCACGUUCGAUCGCAUUGGAAGCCUCUACUGUGAUGAAGAAACUUCGGAAUUCUUCAUCGGCCCAGAGAUGGAGACUGGCAAAGGCCCCUGGAAGACAUCGAUGGAGUACUACAAUGAUGUAGCAGACCACCGCCUUCAGGUUUGCGCAAAUCACACACAGGCUGAACUUCAUGAGACUCCAUCAUUCGCGAAUCCUAUUCUAUUCAAGCAUCUCAUGUCACUGUACAGCGACAGCAAAUCCAACCAUGGGCCUUUCGGGCUUGUGAACCGCGACUUUGGAGCCCACAACCUUCUCGUGGACGACGAGUUCCGAAUUGUCGGUGUCAUCGACUUCGACGGAAUGAUGGCUGCACCGAUCGAGGUCGUUGCCCAGUACCCUGUCCUGACUGGACUUGACCGAGAGACACCGUUCUAUACUGAGACCAACCCUUAUGCACUUGAGCGUAUUGAAGUGACCAAGCCAAAGCUCAUCGAGUACAAACAAAUGCUCAAAGCUGCUGAAUCUAGAAUCGGAGGAGGAGGCAGCACUGUUGCAGACACAUUGAUGUCAACUGCGGCUGACGUCUACGGAGGGCUUAUGGACUACGAUUAUCAUGCGGUCCCUGUCAACAAUCGAUGGAUGGAAGCUUACACGAUACUCCUUUAUAAUCGUGUCAAGUCCGAUUAG